GUCAUGACGGCUCCGGACUCUAAUGGCUGAACAACAACAACUGUCGGCGAGUGACAAACUUUCACCAAACUUCCACACGGACAGAAGAAAGUUGGAAAUCUCCGACCGAGUCUGAUCCUGCGACACCUCCCGAGUGUUUCUCCGUGAUCACAGAUGUGGAGCCGCUGAUGGAUCCCAGAUAUGACAUCCCGACGCGGAGGGCCGCCGGUGUCGGCGGGGGCUCCGCGAACUCGUCCCCCGCUCUGGGGUCUCAGUCGCGCCGCAGGAAGAUGCCUCCACGCCCCGCUGAUUUCAAACUUCAGAUCAUCAUCAUCGGCUCCCGUGGCGUCGGUAAAACCAGCAUCAUGGAGAGAUUUACCGACGACACUUUCUGUGAAGCUUGCAAGUCGACCGUAGGAGUUGACUUCAAAAUCAAGACCGUGGAGCUGAGAGGGAAGAAGAUCAGACUACAGAUCUGGGACACUGCAGGUCAGGAGAGGUUCAACAGCAUCACAUCAGCCUACUACAGAAGUGCCAAGGGGAUCGUGCUCGUGUACGAUAUCACAAAGCAGGAGACCUUUGACGACCUGCCCAAGUGGAUGAAAAUGAUAGACAAGUACGCCUCAGAGGAAGCAGAGCUUCUGCUGGUCGGGAACAAGCUGGACUGUGAGACUGAUCGUAUCAUCUCCAGGCAGCAGGGAGAGCGAUUUUCCUCUCGAAUAAGUGGAAUGCGCUUCUGCGAAGCUAGUGCCAAGGAUAAUUUCAACGUGGACGAGAUCUUCCUGAAGCUUGUGGAUGACAUCCUUAGCAAGAUGCCUCUGGAAGUUCCCAACAAGGAGCUUUCCAACAGCGUCCUGUCUCUGCAGCCGGAACCGGAAGUGCCUCCGGAGUUGCCGCCUCCUCGCAUGCGCUGUUGCUGAGAGUUGCCGAGUGGUCCCCCCCCCACCACCACCAUCCCCUCAACAUCCUACACACAGUCACACACACAGCACAAUGCAUAUACACACACACACACACACACAGCUCGCACAUGCAGAGUACCAAUCUGACCACCAGGGGGCAGCAAACAGCAGCAGUUUGGAGUUAUUGAUGGCUGAUGUAAGAUGCAUGGACUCUCCUAACAAGCAGUAUUAUCUUCCCCUGUUCCUUCUCCUGUUUUGUAACUGUACACUAACACUUAGGCCUGGUGAACCACACAUUUCUACCACCCUUCUGUCUACACUUGACCCCCCAGACUACCUCAUUCCCCUGGACCGUUUAGGCUAGCUGUGCCCCUGCAGGUGCCUUCGAGGUAGAGAGCCCUCUAGUAGCAGUUGCACAUUUUACAAGGAAGGGGGAUAACUGAGGGCCUUACAGCUUCUCUUCCUGGUUUCUUUAAAAAAAAAAACACAUUGUACACCAAGUUUGACGUCGUCCGAGUUGCCCCUGACGGUCUGGUAUCUCUGCAUUAUCUUAGCUUACAGAAAAGGGAUAAUAAUAUCUCACAUCUCUUCGGCUUAGUUUAAAUUCUGGGUUUAGGUACAGUAAGUAGUUUUCUAUUCUUAUUAAUAUUGCCAAGUGAGGAGUUAACUUGAGGUUAAACAAAAAGCACAUGAUGUACAUACGUGUGUUGCUGUAAUGACUGGACAAGGUGCAGAUUUUUGUAGCCAGCAGUAGGCGGUUGCGCGGUGGUCAUCAUAUCAGUUUGUAUUCCUUUGCCUUAAGGUAUUAAAAGCGGCUGGAGCGACUCAUUUCACAUUUGUUCAAAUUGUUUUUGCACUACAAUCCAUUUUACCUAGUUAGGCCGACACGCAGAGGAGGGAAGGACACGACUUGUAGUUUUAGCACUAGUGAAGAUCAAUGUCGCCUUGGUAGUGGCUGCUCUGAACUCGUUCCCUCGCCCCGGUGAAGCAGGAUGUUGACGCAAGGAGAGAUGGGUAAAGUAGUCUUUAAGGGAUUGGUGUUUUCACAGGGGCAUUCUCCGUGUGUUUGCUGGCUUUUUAGAGGAAAUGGAGACAUGAACUACACACACAUGGUUUUAGCCUUUGUUUUGGUUUAGUUACUAACAUAGUUUUUGAUGUUUUUCCUCUGGAUUCAGAUACAGCUUAGAGAAGAACGUUUGAGUCUCCCCUUUUUUUUGGGUGGAAAAGUGCAGGAAGUGCAGGUUUGUUUUGUAUUUGAAUGACUCAGGAAACUUUGAUCAGCUCAUAUCUGCUCACUUUGACAGGCUUUUAUUUUAGAGUUUCAUAACGAACAAAUAAAUAAAUGAACGUCUUCAUAAAAAUCCUGCUCGAGGGGAGACAUUUGUGUUUUUUAGACGAGUGCGGCAGUUUUUAAUUUAUGAUUCGGCAGUUUGUUACAGAUGUGUAUAGAGAUUUCUCAUUACUUGCACAAAAAAAGAAAUUAGGCUAUGCAUGUUAAGCCCUCCUGUGUUCAUAGACAUUAAUAAUCAUUAAUUCUUCCGUCUUUUUUCGUUAAAUUAAUGCAAUAUUAGCGAUGUAGCACUCUGAGUGUUUCUGUUUUUGUUCUUACACGUUGAAGUCUGAGCGCGAGGAGGAACGAGCCUGCUCAAAGGACCUGAUUUUAAAACUGACUCGCAUAUUCGGUUUAAUUUUAUUUCUUGUCGAAGGUUUUAUGUUAAUGUUGAGCUUCUGUGGACUUUAUGGCACAUUAUGUAUUCUCACAGAUGAAUAGUUUGAUACCAAAAACAAACAAACACAGUCGCUGACAUCCAAGCACACCUCGCAAUAAGAUUAUCAGCCAGCAAACGACGUGUGCGUACAAAUUAUUUGCGACUUUAUCGGUCGUGUUUUGGAAUAAAUAAACUUGAUUUUGUUCUUUUGGAAUCAAACCGUUCAUUUGUCCUACAGACUUUUUUUGCAUUUGACACUAACCCUGUGGUCUUUGUUUCAAUAGCCAAGCCUUAUAAUACUCAGUGUUUUAAAUAUACAUUUUAAAAAAAAAUUAGCUUUUCUUUGAAAUGUGUAUUCUUUAAAGAUGGAAGACUGUACUUUGUAUUAAACCUGUUCUAUGUCUUUGAAAAGUUUUGGCAUGUUUAAAAGCAGAUUUGUGGUAUUUAUAACUUGUGGCAUUCUUGAACUAAUGAAAUGCAAUUAAAGAUAUCUAUAUUUAUUACCA